AUGGACAUCAAACGUAGAAAAUUAGCAGAAGAAGAAUGUUUGUUGCGAGCUAUAGAUGAUCUAGGAAAAGGAUCAAAACUUCUUUGGAUUAUUUUUAUCAUCAAUAUUUUAGCGUCAUUAUUGUUUGGACUAAAUAUCAUGAGUUAUAUUUUUAUUGCUGAGAUACCUGAGUAUUGGUGCUCUACUCCAGAGCUUACGUCUACAAAUUGGACUACAAAUCAAAUAAAUAAUAUUUCUAUUGUUGAUGAAUGUCAACGAUAUGAUUAUAACUACACACAACUUGUGGAAUUGGGAUACGAAAAAGCCGUACAACAUGUCGAGAAUUUAAAAUCUAAGCCAAAGAUAGUUUCCUGUUCAUCAUUUAUAUUCGAAGAUAAUGGAAAGUCAACAAUCGUCAGUGAAUGGCAAUUAGUGUGCGACAAAAAAUUACAUCGAGCAAAUACAUUUUUAGUGUAUUCAUUAGGAAUAAUGAGUGGUUCAGCAAUUCUAGGAGUAUACGCAGAUAAAUAUGGUCGAAAAAAUUCAUUAAUCAUUAGUAUAAUACUGCAAAUUAUUUCUGGACCUUUGAGUGCAUUGGUACCAUGGUUUUGGGCUUAUGUUAUUUUAAAAUUCUUCAACGGAAUAAGUUCGGGUGCUAUGUAUUCCUCGGGGUAUACUAUUCGCAUGGCUUAUUUUUUACCUAAUUGGAGGCAGUUACAAAUGGCCAUAUCAUGUUUUGUUCUACCAAUAAUUAUACUCAUUUGGUUCAUGCCAGAAUCACCACGAUGGUUGAUAUCACAAAAUCGUCAUGACGAAGCUCAAAAAAUAAUUGAAAAAUACCAUAAAUCAUUUGUUAUGACACCAAUUAGUAUUGUGGGAAAUUCAACAAAUGAACCCACAAUGUCAUCGGGAGAAUGCCAUCAAACACCAAAAGAAAAUAAAAGUUUUUUUCAUCGUAAUUUCGAAAGUUUAAAAAUUCUGUUUACACAUCCAGAUUUGAGAAAAAAAAUGAUAAUCAUGAACUUUUCAUAUUACUCUGCCUGUACUGCAAGUUUUGCACUUAUCUUAAGUGUCGAUAAUUUUAAAUCAAGCCGUUAUGUAUAUAUGGCUAUAGUGGCAGCUAAUGAAAUAAUAGGAGUCAUAGCGAUUUCAGUGAUACUGAUGUUUUUCAGCGUUCGAAAACCACUUAUUAUGACCUAUGUAGUUGCAUUUAUUUUAAUGAUAACAAUUUUAGCUGUCCCUGAAGAAAAUAAAAAUACUAUUAUGGGAUUAUCAUUAGCAGGUAAACUUUGUUUUUCCGCAUGUUUGACUGGCAGUUUAGUAUUUUUUUCGGAACUGUUUCCUAGUAAUGUGCGAAAUACUGCAUUUGGAACCUGCAUAGUAAUGGCGCAAACUGGAGCUAUGACUGCGCCAUAUAUUGUUGAUUUGCUUGGUGAUGUUGCUUGGUGGGCUCCUACUACAGUUUGUAGUACUCUAGCUUUUAUAGCUGGCAUUCUUUUUCUUUUUAUACCUCAAACAGAAGUUAAUAAUAAAAAUAAUUAUAAAGGCCGGGAAGAAGUAACAGCAUCCGGUGUCAAUUCAGAGUGA